ACCAUCAGGUGCCACAAAAAUAACAAAAACAUAUAUAAACUGCGAGGAAAAAUAGUAAAACUCGCAAACAUGGGCGGCUCCUUAUCGUGUCGUAAAAGGGACACCGGAGUCACAGCACCGACACCAAUUUUGCAAGUACGAUUUUUCGGGCUACCAGACUCAGGAAAAAGCUCUGUAGUCAGAUUUUUAACCACAGGAGUGCCUUCACUGAAAUCCAAGGAAGGUGAAGUGGAUAACGACAUGCAAUGGGUAACCCACAGGAAAGUUAAAAUGGUACUGUGGCUAUCGGAAACAUCAGUACAAAAGGAAAUCGCCAAUGAAGGAGAAGUAGCAAGAGCACUCGUAUACAUAGUAGAUGGAUCAAUACCCGAAAAACUAGCGGAAGCCAAAGAGUACCUCAAACAGCAACUUGAACAAACAGCAGGAGCACCAAACCUACUCAUACUACUCAACAAGUGCGAUAAGCACUCCUUCAUAUUCCUCGAAGAAGCACACGAUGCCCUGGGUCUUGAUAAAAUAAGAGACAGACAUGUACGUAUUUACGCCUGCUCUGCAGCAACCGGAGAAGGUAUCCACGAGGGACUUGAUUGGCUGUGCAGCUUGUUCCAACUCGAAAAGGGUACAUACAUCAGCAGAACAGAUACUAUGUAAAGCAGAAUGAACAUGAAUUACAUACCCAGUUUACGCGUCAAAACCCCGGGUUAUAACUCCCAUCAACACAAAUCAUGCAGCUAUUACACACUAACAAAGCAAUGCAGAUAGUAACACGGGAAAACGUACCGCAAAAAUAAUAUAAUAUAAAUAGAAUGUAAUUAUUCAUC